AUGCGUGUUAUGGAGCGCACUUUCCGAGAGCAGCUCUUCUUUCUGGUGUUGUGUCUGUCUGUACUCAAGGGAGACUCCAGAUAUAUAGAGAACAAUGAGAUCUCUAAAGAUGAAUUAUUUUCAUUUUUCAACUCGGAACUCAAGAGAGAAACACCUGAAGAGUUAAUGUACCGACGACCUUUACGUUGUCUGGACAUGGUUGCAGUGGAGGGUCAGUUCACCUUCACAGCAGAGCGCCCUCAGCUCAGCUGUGCUGCUUUCUUCAUGGCAGAGCCCAACGAAGUGCUCACUGUGGAUUAUGACAAUGUUGACAUUGACUGCAGGAGAGGGGACUUAAUCACGGUGUUUGACGGCUGGGUGAUGAAAGGAGAGAAGUUCCCGAGCUCCCAGGAUCACCCGCUGCCUCUGUACGAGCGCUAUGUGGAUUACUGUGACUCAGGAUCAGUGAGGAGAAGCGUGCGCUCCUCUCAGAACGUGGCCAUGGUCUUCUUCCGCAUUCACAAUGCUGGCAGCAGCUUCACCCUGACAGUCAGGAAACACAUCAAUCCUUUCCCCUGUAAUGUCAUCUCCCAGUCACCAGAGGGCAGUUACACAAUGGUGAUCCCGCAGCAGCACAGGAACUGCAGCUUCUCCAUCAUUUAUCCAGUGGAGAUCAAUGUCUCUGAGUUCAGCCUGGGACACUACAACAACUUUCCCAAGAGGUCCAUGCCUGGUUGUGCAGAAUCAGGAGAUUUUGUGCAACUGCUGGGAGGAAACGGCAUCGACACAUCCAAGCUGCUGCCCAUCACAGACCUCUGCAUCUCCUUCACUGGACCCACCCACAUGAAGAUCGGCUGUGAUAACACAGUGGUGAGGAUGGUGUCCAGCGGGAAGUUUGUCAGCCGAGUGUCUUUCAGCUACAGGCUACUGGACAGCCAGGAACUGCAGACGAUCAAACUCAACAACGUGGAGGAUUUCUGUUUCAACAACUGA